AGCUGUCCCCUCAGCCCGGAGCCCCAGGCGGGGACCCCGGGAUCCGACGUCUCCGUGCCUCCGGGCACCUGGCUCAGCACGAGUCCCCCGGGUCGGGGCAGGGCAGGGCCGGCGGCGGCGAGCCGGAGCCCGCCCAGCGCCCAGGCCCCGCCGAGCCCUCGGAACCCACCCAUGGGGCACCAGCUUCCCGUACCCCCUCGCCCUGCUGCGCCGAGCCUGGCGCCUCGAGCUGCGCAGAGGAGGAGCACGGCACAGUGACCCGGGAGCCGCGGCAGAUUCUGGAAGGCUCGGCGGCUGGAGAGGCAAGCUGUUCCCCUCACCUCCAGGCGCUUCCAAGUAGCCCUCCGAGCAGAGCCAGAGGCCUCGCCCGCCAUUCCCAGCCCCGAGCCAUGAUGAAGACCUUGUCCAGUGGGAACUGCACGUUCAGCGUGCCCGCCAAGAACUCGUACCGCAUGGUGGUGCUGGGCGCCUCGAGGGUGGGCAAGAGCUCCAUCGUCUCGCGCUUCCUCAACGGCCGCUUCGAGGACCAGUACACGCCCACCAUCGAGGAUUUCCAUAGGAAAGUCUACAACAUCCGCGGGGACAUGUACCAGCUGGACAUCCUGGACACGUCUGGCAACCACCCCUUCCCCGCCAUGCGCAGGCUCUCCAUCCUCACAGGUGACGUCUUCAUCCUGGUAUUCAGCCUGGAUAACCGCGAGUCCUUCGACGAGGUCAAGCGCCUGCAAAAGCAGAUCCUGGAGGUCAAGUCCUGCCUGAAGAACAAGACCAAGGAGGUGGCGGAGCUGCCCAUGGUCAUCUGCGGCAACAAGAACGACCACGGUGAGCUGUGCCGCCAGGUGCCGGCCACUGAGGCCGAGCUGCUGGUGUCGGGCGACGAGAACUGCGCCUACUUCGAGGUGUCGGCCAAGAAGAACACGAACGUGGACGAGAUGUUCUUCAUGCUGUUCAGCAUGGCCAAGCUGCCCCACGAGAUGAGCCCCGCCCUGCACCGCAAGAUCUCGGUGCAGUACGGGGACGCCUUCCACCCCCGGCCCUUCUGCAUGCGGCGCGUCAAGGACACGGACGCCUACGGCAUGGUGUCGCCCUUCGCCCGCCGCCCCAGCGUCAACAGCGACCUCAAGUACAUCAAAGCCAAGGUCCUUCGGGAGGGCCAAGCCCGGGAGCGGGACAAAUGCACCAUCCAGUGAGCAGGCAGGACGUGGGGGUGGGGCGUGGGCAGUGCCUUACCGGUCGUGGCCCCAGAUGCCUGCACCCCCCCAACAGGACCCCAGUGGCAGUCGUGUUCGAAGGCCUUGGGUGCCGGACUGGAACCUCUGUACCUUCUGCCUUCUCACCACGUCCCUCUGAUUCCUCUUUUCCACGGUUCCGCGUGGUUCUAGCUCCUCCGUGUGGGGAUGGAUCUCCACAGAGCAGGUGACAAGGUUGGGAGACACUGGGACUUACGCAGGGACCCAAGUCGGAGCCUUCCUGUCCUUGGGUUGUAAGAAACGCUGGUGCCAGAGGGGCCAGGACCCCUGCCUCCAACAGAGCCUCCUGGAACAGUCACAGAAUGAAAGCAGCACCCGGAGCCUACGGGGGAGCGCUCUGGCGUGAGACCCAACUUGGGUUAGCUGGCAGCUGGCAGACUCCCCUCCCAUAUACUCUCAAUCCUGCAACUCUUACCCUCUGGCUCAGCUGUUUGUACCCCUGCCUCCCAAGUUGGCCCCCGUUGUCCCUGACAUUGAGCCAGGGGCAUCUGUGUGUGUUUGAAAAGGAUGUGGCCAUGUCUCCUGGCCCAUGUCCAGCCGGGACCAUCUUCCUUCCUCAGCCUCCUCUCCCAGGUUCCUCCCGUCUGCUGGUCAUGCUUUGUUGUUACAUCUGUUCUCAUGUUGUGUAUAGCAGUAGAAAUGGAAAUCCUUGUACUGUAAAAGCCUAGUGACCCCUCGUCGGCCUGGCCCACACCCAGUUCAGAUCCACUGCCUCCGCUGGGGACACCUUCCUCCCCUGCUCCCAUAUGGGGUUCCCAUGGCCUGUCUGCAGCUGGACACUGUCCUCCAUCCUGAGCUGUACAGUUUAUACUCACACAGGUGGGGCAGGCCACCGGGGCUGCCUCUCCUCCUGCCCCCAUUUCACAGAGGAGGUGGUUGACACUCAGAGGAGAAGGUGACAUGCCCCAGCGCUGGCCCCCAGCUAGUUCAGGACAGAGCUCUACCUAGAACCAGGCUGUCCAUGCCUUGGCUUGUUCCUGAAGCGUUCGUUGAGCACCUGCUGGGUACUGGGUCCACUGUGUGCUAGGAAACAAAGAGGGUGAGCGAUGCACUUUAUGCCCCCAAGGCCAGGGCCUUCCCCAGCCCUGGCCUCUUUCCCUUCACCUGCCUGGCCUCUGCCCACCCCUGAUGUGCUACUGCCUUCUACACAUGUAGCUGUUGGGAGGUGUGGAAGAACAGCUGGGAACCAGAGCUGAGCCCAAGAGAGGUAGGUGGAAAGGCUCCCUGUGGGUCUUUUCCUCUUGCCUGGGAUUGGGCUCUGCUGGGUGCUAGGCCCGGUGGGAUUUGAACCUGUAGACCAAAGGCUUCUGUCAUCAGCUCUUAACAAAUACAUUUUGUAUUUUGAUCUGAAAAAUAUUGACGUUUAGGGCCACAAGGAACCUUAGUGAUCAUCUAGUGAAUCUUUCCAAGGCCCAGAGAGGGUAAGUAACUUGCCCCAGGUCACACAGCAAGUCCAUGAGUGGUGGAAGCAGGGCUAGGUCUGGAUGUUCAGCACACACCAUGAUAUGACCCCUCUCGUGCUGCCUCGGCCCUUUCAGGGAUUUGAGGCAUCAUCUCCCCACUCUCUCCCUGGACCGGUCUCUGAGGGCUCCUGUAGAGUCUGUGUACAUUGUGCCCAUGUAUAUAAUGUAUACACACAUGAACACACAGAUACACCCCACCCUGGCCUCAGCUCUGCACCCCCUACACCCCGGCCCUGGCCCCUGCUGCUCACAGCAGCAGUUCUCACCCUGCUCCUGUGCUCCCUCCUGGCCCCUGCCUGAACCCUCCAAACAGACCAGGUCCCUUGGCCAGGACAGGUGUGUGGCCUGGUCUUGCCCAGUCAUGCGCCUAAUUUCCCAGAUCUCUGUGUACAUUCUCAAUUAAAGUGAGUUUGUUUGUAAGCUG